AGACCACCCUUCUUCUUACAGCAGAACAAGGUCCCUCUACGCCGCUGGAUCGUCAAUAUUGUCCUGUUCUUCAGCAUCAAUGUGUUGAACAACCAUGCGUUCAGCUACGAUAUCUCCGUCCCUGUGCACAUCAUUCUUCGGUCCGGUGGAAGCAUUACAACCAUGGUUGCCGGGUCUCUUUAUGGGAAAAAGUACUCGCGCAUACAGAUCGUGGCCGUCAUUCUCCUGACAUUCGGUGUCAUCACCGCAGCUUGGUCGGAUUCGCAGUCCAAGUCCGCUUCAAAAGCGACCGAGGGGAGUGGCAAGCCCGCUUUUGGGACCGGCCUCGUUGUGCUGUUCGUGGCGCAGGUCCUCUCCGCCAUCAUGGGUCUCUACACUGAAGAGACGUACAAACAAUACGGCCCUCAUUGGCGAGAGAAUCUCUUCUAUUCACACCUUCUGUCACUGCCACUCUUCUUACCAUUUGCGCCAUCAUUGAUCCGCCAAUUUCGAAAACUAGCAAACAGUCCGCCUCUGUCGCUGCCGAUGGCGCAACUUCCCGGCUUUGGCCUCAGUGGGGAUGUUGGAGAUGGGCUCUUCCAACUCCAAAUUCCGAGCCAACUUGCUUAUCUUGUGACAAACGUCGUUACCCAGUACGCUUGUAUCCGGGGUGUAAACUUGCUCGCUGCCGUGUCCUCGGCAUUAACAGUCACCAUUGUUCUGAACAUUCGCAAGCUAGUCAGUCUGCUAUUGAGCAUAUGGCUUUUCGGGAAUCGCUUAGCCGCGGGGACCCUGAUCGGGGCAAUCAUUGUAUUUGGAGCUGGAGGGCUAUACUCGUUGGAUUCUAGAGCCAAGACUUCAAGGGCGCAGAAGAAUGUGGGUGCGAAAUAGAGCCAGGAAUCUUAGACAGACUGGACGAACUCACGUAUCUGAUCCAGCGGCAGGAAACCCUUCUUAGAAACUUUCAGACACAUUUCCAAUUGAGAACUUGAGUUACACAAAUGGUGUCGGUUUGGCGAUCCAUCAUGGAUAAUGCUUGAGCCUCUCGAUAGGACCUACGUUGUGACUGUAAUCAUUGACUCAUCCGGCGACCUUCUUGAAUUGCCUAUGCACUAUUGAAUGGUAUUAAUCUAUCGAACAGUCAGAGAGCAGUCAAAAACCAGUUCCAUAACGAUACCCAGGGGACCCAAGACAUAGUCACACAGGCAGUGUGAUAGGCUAUCAUUGUAGUCGCGGUGGCAGUGGCAGCUUAGGACCCCGCCGUGGUCGCGGGUCGGAGGUCGGAGCCAACCGCUACCCCUCCACCCCCCCUCGUCUUCUCAGCGUAUCCAUUGUCCUCUGGUCCUUAUCCCACAUGGAGUGCUAGUGCAUGCGAUUACCCGAUACUGCG